AUGUCCACGCAAGCCAAUGGCCAGUCUGGCUCCGCUGCUAACGGCAAGUCUUCACAGAAAGCUGUCGUGUGUCAUGGAAAACAUGAUCUGCGUGUAGACGAUGUCCCGAUCCCAACCCCUGGACCAGGUGAAGUCCAAAUUCAAGUCGCGCAAACUGGUCUCUGCGGAUCCGAUCUCCACUACUUCCUUGAAGGCGGGAACGGUGGUUUCGCCAUCCAGACACCCCUUACUCUAGGACACGAGGCCUGCGGUAUCGUCUCGGCACUAGGACCGGAUUUGCCGGCAGCUUGCGACCUCAAGGUCGGAGACAAGGUCGCUAUGGAAGUCGGAAUCUACUGCAAAUCAUGUCAAGCUUGCAAGAUUGGUCGAUACAAUUUGUGUUCCCAGAUGAAGUUUAGGAGCAGUGCGAAGACUGUCCCACAUCUAGAUGGGACAUUGAGAGAGUACAUGACGCACCCAGCGGAUCUGGUUUACAGACUGCCGUCCGGUCUCGACCUCUCCAUCGCUGGACUCUCUGAACCCCUCUCGGUUGUCCUCCACGCCUACCGUCGGGCCCAUCUAGAUCCAGGAUCUCGCGUACUCGUUCUCGGAGCAGGAGCGGUCGGUCUUCUCACAUGUGCUCUUGCCAAGGCUAGUGGAUGCUCAGCCGUCGUCGCAGUGGAUAUCGAGCAGGGCAAGUUAGACUUUGCUCAGGAGAUGGGUUGGACAACAGGAACUUACUGUCUGCCCCGUGGACCGAGAGUGAAAGGAGUCGAAGCGAUUGAAUCCGCUCAACAGGGAUGGAAUGGACUCAAAGAGAGUGAAGCUGUUCAGAGUGUCUUGGGGUUGGAGCAUGGCUUCGAUGCUGUGUUCGAAUGCACCGGUGUCGAGAGCUGUAUGCAGAUGGCCACAAUGGCCGCUGCGAUCGGCUCAAAGGUCCUCUUCGUCGGUAUGGGAACCGCUCAGCUUUUGCUCCCAACCGGAACAUCGAUCCUUCGUGAAGUCGAUUUGAUCGGAGUCUUCCGAUAUGCCAAUACCUACCCCGCUGCGCUGGCUCUACUUGGCUCAGGACAGCUCGGAGACGUGAGUAAGAUGAUCACCCAUCGAUACAGCUUGGAGAAUGCUGUGGAGGCAUUUGAAGAUCUGAGAAGGGGCAAAGACAAGAACGGAAAGACAGUCAUCAAGCCGAUGAUUGGCGUGGUUUUGUGA